AUGUCGACAACUCUUAGUUACCAUGGAUUAAGGUGUGCACAUCAAGCCAGAGAAGCAGAAGAACACAGAACAGCCCAAAGACGGAGAAAUACACUCCUUCUAGUCUUGCAUUACCUUCAAGAAGAAGGCUACCGGGAAACAGCUAAUUGUCUUUUAUCAGAAGCAACCAUUGAUGUCAACCGAUAUGAGGUCUGCGACAAUAUUGAUUUGGAGACCAUCAUCAUGGAUUAUGAGAACUAUUACCACCUCAAGUUUUCCAAAUAUCCACGGAUUGCCAAAAAAAUAUGCCAGAGUGCAGGAGGACGAAGAUCCUUUGAAAACAAAGUCAACAACAGCAAUAACUUUUGUCGACCAACUGGAACUCUACCACACAUUUCGGGCACAUGCAGACCGCCAAGUUCUCCUCCUUUUCCAAACCAUUCAAAACAAUUUGCAUGCAAACAAAAGCCACUAACACCGGCUAAUAAAAAGGCCAACUCUUCAAAUACCAAUUCCAAUUCCUCUUCAAACUCACAGUCAACUGAGAAUCUUUCCUAUUUUCCUUUAAAUUUAUUUUGCUAUUCAUUUUUGCUAUUUGCUCACGAUUACCGAUUUGAUAUCAUCACUUUCUUCCUCCUCUUCUCCUACUGCUCCCACACCUCCUUCAUUUUCUCAGCUUUUCUUUUCUCUUUUCCUUCCUCUAUUUUCUUUAUCUUUUCUUCACUUUCUUAUUUAUUUUCCCCUCUCUCCCUCCUCUUCUUUCCUUCUACUCUGCUCCUCUUUCCAUUUCUCCUCUUUUUUAUCAUUUUUCCUUACUCUCCUUUUUUUCCUAACUUUUCCUCUUCCCAUGCUUUUCUUUUUGCUUUGUUACUCUUUCUUUCUUUCUUUCUUUCUUUCUUUCUUUCUUUCUUUCUCCCUUCAUGCUUACAUACUUUACUUUUUCUUUUGUCAUCUUUCCCUUUCACUCCUUCACUCUCUAAUCUUUCUGUCUUCUUCUUUGUCUUUUUCUUCCCAUUCCUCUAUUCUUCUCUGCCCCCACCUUUUUUCUUUUCUCCCUCAUUUACCAAAUUUGGUCAGGUCAUUGACAUUCGUUCUAUGCUGAAUGAUUCUACACGGAUGAAUCUAGAAGAAGGUUCGGAACAGCAUCAGCAGGAUCGUCUCCUAAAGCCACUUGGUGGUUACCUUGCAUACAACAAUGAAUGGCGAGAUUUGGCACAACUAAUCAGUCGGGAAAUAUACCUACAGAACCCCAACCUCAGCUGGGAUGACAUUAUUGGUUUAGAUGAAGCCAAACGAUUAGUCAAAGAAGCUGUGGUUUAUCCAAUUAAAUACCCUGCAUUAUUCAAAGGAAUUCUGUCACCUUGGAAAGGCUUACUACUAUAUGGACCCCCUGGAACUGGCAAGACGCUUUUAGCCAAAGCUGUGGCUACUGUUUGCAAGACAACAUUCUUCAAUAUAUCGGCUUCUAGCAUUGUAAGCAAAUGGCGAGGCGACUCAGAAAAGCUUGUUCGAGUUUUGUUUGAACUUGCAAGGUUCCAUGCCCCAUCCACCAUCUUCUUGGAUGAACUUGAUUCUGUGAUGAGUCAGAGAGGAUCAAAUGGUCAGGGAAUUGAACAUGAAGGAAGUAGAAGGAUGAAAACAGAACUUCUCGUUCAGAUGGAUGGCCUAGCCAAAACCGAUGAUCUGGUCUUCCUCUUGGCUGCUUCCAACAUGCCUUGGGAACUGGAUCAUGCAAUGCUUCGUCGCCUUGAGAAACGGAUUCUUGUCGACCUGCCUACUACCAAAGCUCGGAAGGCUAUGUUCAACCUACAUUUACCCAAAGUGGUCAUACCCAAAGAAGGAGGACUAGAACUUUUAACAGAUUUGGACUAUGAUCUUCUAGCAAAGAAAACUGAAGGCUAUUCAGGUUCGGAUAUAAAACUCGUAUGUAAAGAAGCUGCAAUGAGGCCAGUGAGAAAAAUAUUCAACAUUCUUGAGAAUCAUACAGAAGGGGAAGACCUUCAUAUUAAACUGGACACCUUAACGACAGCAGAUGUGUUGGUUGCUCUUGAAAGAACAAAACCAUCUGCACGGAACUUGACUGGAAAAUAUGCAGCAUGGCAAACUGAAUAUGAAUCUGUAUAG